AUGCCGAUCAACCAGCCCUCCAACCAGAUUAAGUUCACUAAUGUGUCGAUUGUCCGGCUCAAAAAGGGCAAGAAACGAUUCGAACUCGCCUGCUACAAAAACAAGCUGUUAGAAUACCGAUCUGGCGCCGAGAAAGAUCUUGACAAUGUGCUUCAAGUACCGACCGUUUUUCUGUCUGUGUCAAAAGCGCAGACUGCUCCGUCAGCAGAGCUAGCUAAAGCAUUUGGCGCCGAUACCCCGCGGGAUGAGGUUCUCCAGGAGAUUUUGCGCAAGGGAGAAGUACAAGUUGGAGAGCGGGAGCGCAAAGAUAUUCUCGAGCGGGUGGAGAAGGAAGUGCUGGAUAUUGUAUCCGGCCGACUGGUCGAUCCAACAACCAAGCGCGUGUACACGCCUGGGAUGAUCUCCAAGGCGCUGGACCAGCUCAGCUCCGCCAGUGGCCAGCAAGCACAACAGGGUGGAGAAGCAACUGGUGCCGAGGACAAAGCGGCUCAACCUCACAAACCUCAGUGGACAGGUGUUUCUUCCAACCGAUCUGCCAAAAGUCAAGCUUUGGAUGCUAUGAAAGCCCUCAUCGCCUGGCAACCUAUCCCGGUUAUGCGCGCUCGCAUGCGUCUUCGGGUGACUUGCCCCGUAACGCUUCUGAAGCAGUCCGUCAAGGCCGCGCCGGCACCCGCAUCCAGCAAGGACAAAGAAGCCUCCGGCGGGUCCAAGUCCAACAAGAAAGGAAAGGGAUCCAAGAAAUCUGCCAAGCGGGAUGACUCGGAUGUCGAAGCCGGGUCAGAUACAGAGGCGGCACCGAAGGCACCGGGGACUGUCAAGGACAAGAUUCUGAGUUAUAUUGAAUCGGUGGAAACACAGGAAGUGGUUGGCGGCGAUGAGUGGGAGGUAGUUGGAUUCGCCGAUCCAGGCGCAUUCAAAGUACUGAAUGAGUUUAUCGGUAAUGAAACUCGGGGGAGAGGAAGAGUGGAGGUUUUGGACAUGUCGGUGACCCAGGAGAAUUGA